AUGAACGCCGGUCAACAAGGUGCCCCUCAAGGCGGACCAGGCUACAGGCCUUACGCGCAAGGUGGCCCCGUAGCAGUCGAAUAUCUCUGUGCAGGUUGAGUCAUCUCCCUCUAUGACCCUCUACAGCAGAGGCGAAGCGGGGCGAGGGAUGAGGCUGACUGGGCUAGUCCGCGGGACACGAUGGUAACAGAUUGCGCUUCGACGAACGAGAUCAAGGCAAGGGAGCCUAUUCGGUGUCGUGAGUGUGGCUGCAGGAUGAUGUACAAGAAGAGGAUCAAGCGCAGUGAGUACCGAGUGAUUGGGCGCGGUUGCGAAAGGCUUCCCUGAGGGCGCUUGCGGUGGUGCAGGAUGGGCGUGAGAGGUGUGCUACUGCGAUAGGAUUGGGCUGACGAUGUUGCUUCUUCCUUGCAUCUUCGUAACGUGAAUCAUCUUUACCACGUAUCGGCUCGAUUCUCAGUGGUAAGCCGCUUGCGUGUGAACCGUCGGCAUCUAGAGUCAUUCGGCUGACCAUCCGACCCUACCAUCCACACUACAGGUGCAAUUCGAGGCACGGUGAACGGUCGCUACACCACUACGCCCCGUACCAGCAUCAAUUGGAACAGCCUCGUCACGCGUCAAUUCGGAGACUCGAGCGAAAGCACAGAGACGACCGUUGAGGCUGCAACAGGCGUAG